CCGGAAACACGCCGGGAAAAGCCGGGGCUCCCAGUCCUUCCCGGGCUUUCUCGGAGGAGGCGGAGGCCAUCCACUUGGGUGCCUGGGCUCUGGGUGGCCCCUCUUGGCGUCGCUCAGGACACAACAUGCCCACCUGACGGGCACUAGGUGGUGUCUGGACAGUGCGCUUCGGAGAGUUAAACUGUGUCCCAGAGGUGUUCACAAGAAAAAAUUUAAAUUGGACAUGCUGGUCAAACAGAAGACUAAAUUAGAUGAUGGAGACAAGAGUGUCAAACUACCACACACUUCAGCCUCAUCAAUCUCAUGAUUCUCAAAAGGCUUCCGGAUAAAAUGUUCUCUCCAUUUCAGUUGACCUACAGUGUGUGUGCCAGAGGGCAUAAAGUCAGCCGGACAGCAGACUGUGACACUACGCAUCCAGCACUCCCAGCUUCCAGUUCCUGAAUCAGAAAAGUACCUCAACCCUAAAACCCUUUCUUCAGAACGCUCAGCUUCCAGCACUCGCUGUGGGCGGGGCUUUUGACCUCCAGCAAGUGUGAGUGCGGACUGCACAUCCGGGCUCUGUUACUAGCAAAGAGAAGAUGGCGAUGGCCUCUGCAACUGUGGUGGUUCCCGCGGAGUGGAUCAAGAACUGGGAGAAAUCUGGGAGAGGCGAGUUUUUGCGUUUAUGCCGGAUUCUCAGUGAAAGUAAAAGCCGCGACACUUUGGCUUGUAGAGAUUUUCAACAAGCUCUCUAUGAAUUGUCAUACCAUGUCAUUAAAGGAACUUUAAAGCCUGAACAGGCAUCAAAUGUUCUUAGUGACAUCAGUGAAUUUCGUGAAGAUAUCCCACUUAUUCUUGCUGAUAUAUUCUGCAUAUUAGACAUUGAGACGAAUUGUUUAGAAGAAAAAAGCAAGAGAGAUCACUUUACACAAUUGGUAUUAGCCUGUUUAUAUUUAGUUUCAGACACAGUUUUAAAGGAACGCUUGGAUCCAGAAACAUUGGAAUCAUUAGGCCUUAUUAAGCAAUCACAGCAGUUCAAUCAAAAGUCAGUUAAAAUCAAGACAAAACUCUUUUAUAAACAGCAGAAGUUCAAUUUGUUAAGAGAAGAAAAUGAAGGUUAUGCCAAGCUUAUUGUUGAAUUGGGGCAAGAUUUAUCUGGAAAUAUUACUAGUGAUUUAAUCUUAGAAAUUCUCAAAUCUUUAAUAGGAUGUUUUAAUCUGGAUCCCAAUCGAGUUUUGGAUAUCAUUUUAGAAGUGUUUGAGUGUAGGCCAGAACACCAUGACUUCUUUAUAUCUUUAUUAGAAGCCUACAUGAAUAUGUGUGAACCACAAACACUGUGUCAUAUUCUUGGAUUCAAAUUCAAGUUUUACCAGGAGCCAAAUGGUGAGACUCCAUCAUCUUUGUAUACAGUUGCAGCAGUACUUCUGCAGUUUAAUCUUAUUGAUUUGGAUGAUCUUUAUGUACACCUUCUUCCAGCUGAUAGUUGCAUUAUGAAUGAAUACAAACGAGAAAUUGUGGAAGCCAAGCACAUUGUUAGAAAACUUACUAUGGUUGUAUUGCCUUCUGACAAAAGUGAUGAACGAGAGAAAGAAAAGAAAAAGGAUGAUAAAGUAGAGAAGGCACCUGACAAUCAAAAGCUUGGCUUGUUGGAAGCCUUGUUAACUAUUGGUGAUUGGCAGCAUGCACAGAGUAUUAUGGAUCGGAUGCCUCCGUACUAUGCAGCAUCACAUAAAGUAAUAGCCCUUGCUAUUUGCAAUCUUAUACAUGUAACUAUUGAGCCUCUUUACCGAAGAGUUGGUGUUCCUAAAGGUGCUAAAGGCUCACCUGUCAAUGCUUUACAAAGCAAGAAGUCACCAAAACAGGCAGAGAGCUUUGAGGACUUAAGGAGAGACGUAUUCAGUAUGUUCUGUUAUCUUGGUCCUCACCUUUCCCAUGAUCCCAUCUUAUUUGCAAAGGUUGUGCGCAUAGGCAAGUCAUUUAUGAAGGAAUUUCAGUCUGAUGGGAAACAAGAAAAUAAAGAGAAAAUGGAAGUUAUCUUUAGUUGUUUGCUUAGUGUUACUGAUCAGGUACUGCUUCCGUCUCUUUCUUUGAUGGAUUGCAAUGCGUGUAUGUCAGAGGAACUAUGGGGAAUGUUUAAAACAUUUCCUUAUCAGCAUAGAUACCGCUUAUAUGGCCAGUGGAAGAAUGAGACUUACCACAGUCACCCACUUUUAGUAAAAGUUAAAGCCCAUACAGUAGACAGAGCCAAGUACAUCAUGAAGCGUCUAACCAAGGAAAAUGUGAAGCCUUCAGGAAGACAGAUUGGGAAACUGAGCCACAGCAAUCCAACCAUUUUGUUUGAUUAUGUCUUGUCACAAAUACAGAAGUAUGAUAACUUAAUAACACCUGUGGUAGACUCAUUGAAAUAUCUCACUGCGUUGAAUUAUGAUGUUUUGGCCUACUGUAUCAUCGAGGCAUUAGCUAAUCCAGAAAAAGAAAGAAUGAAACAUGAUGACACAACCAUCUCAAGCUGGCUUCAGAGUCUGGCUAGUUUCUGUGGUGCGGUUUUUCGUAAAUACCCAAUUGAUCUUGCUGGUCUUCUUCAGUAUGUAGCCAAUCAGUUAAAGGCAGGCAAAAGUUUUGACCUGCUUAUAUUGAAAGAAGUGGUUCAAAAGAUGGCAGGCAUAGAAGUUACAGAAGAAAUGACAAUGGAGCAGCUAGAGGCUAUGACUGGUGGGGAGCAGCUGAAAGCGGAGGGUGGAUAUUUUGGCCAGAUAAGAAACACUAAAAAAUCCUCUCAGAGAUUGAAGGAUGCACUACUGGACCAUGAUCUUGCCCUUCCUCUUUGUUUGCUUAUGGCUCAGCAGAGGAAUGGGGUGAUCUUUCAGGAAGGCGGAGAGAAACAUUUGAAACUUGUCGGAAAGCUGUAUGACCAGUGUCAUGAUACUUUGGUACAGUUUGGUGGAUUUUUAGCAUCAAAUUUAAGCACAGAUGACUACAUAAAGAGAGUACCUUCAAUUGAUGUGCUUUGUAAUGAAUUUCAUACACCCCAUGAUGCAGCAUUUUUUCUGUCUCGGCCAAUGUAUGCACACCAUAUUUCAUCAAAGUAUGAUGAACUUAAGAAAUCAGAAAAGGGAAGUAAACAGCAACAUAAAGUCCAUAAGUACAUUACAUCGUGUGAGAUGGUGAUGGCUCCUGUCCAUGAAGCAGUGGUCUCCUUACACGUUUCCAAAGUCUGGGAAGACAUCAGCCCUCAGUUCUAUACCACAUUCUGGUCUCUCACAAUGUAUGACCUUGCAGUUCCACACACCAGCUAUGAACGAGAAGUCAAUAAACUCAAGAUCCAGAUGAAAGCAAUUGACGACAAUCAAGAAAUGCCUCUGAAUAAAAAGAAAAAAGAGAAAGAGCGCUGUACUGCCCUCCAGGACAAGCUUCUUGAAGAAGAAAAGAAACAGAUGGAGCAUGUACAGCGAGUGCUACAGAGACUGAAAUUGGAAAAGGACAACUGGCUCUUAGCAAAAUCCACUAAAAAUGAGACCAUCACAAAGUUUCUCCAGUUGUGUAUAUUUCCUCGAUGUAUUUUUUCAGCAAUUGAUUCUGUUUACUGUGCUCAUUUUGUUGAGUUGGUCCAUCAACAAAAGACUCCAAAUUUCUCCACACUUCUCUGCUAUGACCGAGUUUUCUCUGACAUAAUUUACAUGGUUGCUAGCUUUACUGAAAAUGAAGCUAGUCGAUACGGGAGAUUUCUUUGCUGUAUGUUAGAGACUGUGACUCGGUGGCAUAGCGACAGAUCCACCUAUGAGAAGGAAUGUGGAAACUAUCCAGGAUUCCUUACUAUAUUACGAGCAACUGGAUUUGAUGGUGGAAAUAAAGCUGAUCAGUUAGAUUAUGAGAAUUUUCGACAUGUUGUACAUAAAUGGCAUUAUAAACUAACCAAGGCAUCGGUACAUUGCCUUGAGACAGGUGAAUAUACUCAUAUCAGGAAUAUCUUGAUUGUGCUAACAAAAAUACUGCCAUGGUACCCCAAAGUUUUAAAUCUGGGUCAGGCUUUGGAAAGAAGAGUGCAUAAGAUCUGCCAAGAAGAGAAAGAAAAGAAGCCAGACCUAUAUGCACUAGCAAUGGUCUACUCUGGGCAGCUGAAAAGCAGAAAGACAUACAUGAUACCUGAAAAUGAAUUUCAUCACAAAGAUCCUCCUCCAAGAAAUGCUGCUACAAGUGUACAAAAUGGGCCUAGUAGUGGGCUGCCAUCAUCUAUAGGAAGUACAUCUAAGUCAGAUGAGAGCAGUACUGAAGAGGCUGACAAGUCACGGGAAAGGUCUCAGUGUGGUGUGAAAGCUGUUAAUAAAGCUUCUAGCGCCAUACCAAAAGGGAAUUCAAACAAUGGAAUUAGUGGCUCUAACACCAAAGCUGUUAAGGAAAAUGACAAAGAAAAGGGGAAAGAGAAAGAAAAAGAAAAAAAAGAGAAGACCCCAGCUGUUAUUCCAGAGGCUAGGGUACUUGGUAAAGACAAUAAAGAAAAACCCAAGGAAGAACAGCCAAGUAAAGAUGAGAAAAUAAGAGAUACCAAAGAAAGAAUGCCUAAGUCUGACAAAGACAAGGAAAAAUUAAAGAAGGAGGAAAAAGCUAAAGAUGAGAAGUUCAGGAUCAUCGUCCCCAAUGUAGAAUCAAAAUCCACUCAAGAAAGAGAAAAAGAGAAAGAGCCAUCAAGAGAAAGAGAUUUAGCAAAGGAAAUGAAGUCAAAAGAAACUGUUAAAGGAGGGGAAAAAACACCAGUUUCUGUGUCCUUGAAAUCCCCAGUUUCCCGAACAGAUAAUGCAGAGCCCGAAAGAGAAAAACGUCGAAAGGUUGAUUCCCACCCUUCUCCAUCCCAUUCUUCCACAAUAAAGGACAGUCUGGUCAAACUCAAGGAGUCUUCAGCAAAGCUCUACAUCAACCACACUCUACCGCCAUUGUGCAAGAGUAAGGAGAGAGAAACGGAGAAGAAAGAUUUGGAGAAGUCAAGGGAGAGAUCCAGAGAAAGAGAGAAGAAAGACGAAAAGGACAGGAAAGAGCGGAAAAGGGAUUAUUCAAACAAUGACCGGGAAGUGCCCCUAGACUUAAUCAAAAGACGGAAGGAUGAAAAUGGAAUAUUGGCAGUUUCAAAACACAAAAGUGAAAAUCCCUGUGAGUCUCCUUAUCCAAGUGAGAAAGACAAGGAAAAAAAUAAGUCAAAGUCUUCAGGCAAAGAAAAAGGUGAUUCAUUUAAACCCGAAAAGAUGGAUAAAAUAUCCAGUGGGAAAAAGGAGUCUGGACAUGAUAAAGAAAAGGUAGAAAAGAAAGAGAAAUGGGACAGUUCUGGAGAUAAGGAAGAGAAGAAGCAUCAUAAGUCCUCAGACAAGCACAGAUAAUGAAGACUUUCAGCCAAGAGUGUGGGCAGGCCUCUGAGCUAAAGGUUUCCCUGCAGAGGAUGCCAGAGCUCUGUGUCACUCAAAACAAUAUCUUCUUUAAUUAAGAGCUCUUGGUGCUGUCCAUCUUAUGAGAAUCUGCUUUAAGUCAGAAGAUGAAUAUGCAUCACCAUCCUCUUGAGACAUUGCAAAGUCACUGGUUUACAGACCAUUAUUUUCACCUCCGGGCAGUUUCUUGCAGCAAGAUCCCUGUGCGUACAUUUUUUUCUUGAAACAACACCACCCAGGAACAGCAUCUAUGAAAUUUUCACCAGCUGAGUUUUAGAUCACCCUUAAUAAAGGGGGAAAAAUCCUCUUUUCUUCAAUGGAGGACUUCUGGAAGAUAUUUGAAAAUGACUUUGAAAGCACUCAUUUUCCCCUGAAAAUUGUUCAUUUGGUGGGGGAAAAAAUCAUCUUUUCUAGACUGGAGGACUUCUGGGAGGACCUGCUGUGCAUUUACCAGUAUAUAAGAAAUGGGCUAUGUUCCUACAGAGCAUGAGCAAGUCCUCAGUCUGCGGUGCCUUUUCCAAUGUGCUGCUUCAUCUCACAUCAUUGAUAAGAGAGAUUUGUACAGCUCCUACUAUGUGCCAGACCCUGUUCAAAGAUAGAGUAUCUCUUCUUCCUCACAGAAUGCCUCUAAGUUGACAGCCACACUUUCAGAUCAGUCGGAGAAUUCAGGGGCCUGGUAGAUUCCCAGUUGCUUGCUCAUGCUUAAGAAUCUCCCAGGACACAAAGUUCUUUCAAAAACUUUGAUGAUGCUACCAUGACCACUCUGGGAAACAGUGAGGAAAUAGACACACUUCACUAGCUUCUUUGGGAACUCUUAUUUGCUGAUGCAUUGAUCCUGUAUUUCUCAGACAAAGUAUUUGUACAGCUCUUGAAACUCAUGUUCUAACAAGACCAUGAGCCAGCUCUUACAACCGUGUCAUGAUGUGCCAUUAUGUUCUUCACUGUUUCCUUGGCAUACUUCCAGUUGGCAUGGCUCAUCAUUGGCACUCAGUUGGAUGACUUAAGUGCCUUCCAAGAAUACAUGAAGGACCUUGGCAGUCGUCACAGAGCAUGGCCAGGCUUGACACCAGACACUAAGCAUGAUCUUCAGCAGAAUGAAGUCGGAGUCUAAUGCGGAGGGCCCAUUUGGAUGUCACACCCACCGUGAUUGACAGGAUAGCAGCAAACCCUGAGUGGUGUGGUCCUCUGAGUUGUCAUUUCCUGCAGCCUGGUGAGAACACAAACAGACGCAUGGAGCAUUCCACUGGCAGCAUGGUGUCCCAGUCACAGGUGUUGACCAUACAGCUAGAGAUCGUGGAGCUGGCCAGACUGAAGAGACAUGAGGCAUGGAAGACUGCUAGAUGCUGUGGCCAUGCCCUUAAAACUGGCUGUUGACUGGUGGUGACAGUGAGGUCACAGGGAACAGAUGAACUGCUGGUGCAGUGCACAACGGUUGGAGUGUUGGAACUGAUGAUACAGUGUCCCAGUCAGGCCAGCAUCUUCAGAUGACAGUGAGACUCAGCCUUGCCCCAGAAGUCCUUCACCUCCUUCCAAUCUACAGUGGAUCUAGAAGUUGGAGGCGGAAAUGGAGAUGCCAGGAUCCACAUUUGGUAAUCCACUGUGUGGUCCUGAGUGGAUUUGCCAUAACAAGUACAAGUACAUUAUUUAUGCCUGAUAAUCAUAUGAUGCUGGUCUUUAUAACUAAUUAUUAAUCUUCUGCACUUGAUUUUAUUUUCCAUAAACUUUACCCAUGGAUGAAAGAAGAUUUAAAAAAACAAAACAAAACUACUUUUCCUCAUGUGACAGAUCUAGACUUUGAAAUAUUGAACCAAGAAAAAAAACAAAACCCAAAACUGGAAAGUAUGUUGAGAAGUACGUACGCCCAAUUGCUGCCCUGCCUAAUUCUUUUCAGGUGACAAUGAAGUAGCUUUUUAAAGCUUGAACUAUAAAGGACUCCUGAGUACACUUCCAGCCACAAGUCAGCACUGCCAUUUUUAGCCAGCAUGUAGAAGAAAAGGAGGGCAUUUCUUCCCAUGCUGGUGGAACUAUGUGGUUGUUCAUUUCAGGUGUCCUCUACUGGUAAACUUUAUACUGAUAAACCAUAGUGUGGCCAUGUCCCCAUUGUGCUGGAGUUUGUAUGAAUAGUUAAGAUGUUUACUGCACUGUUUUUUUUUUUUUUGUUUGUUUGUUUAUUUCUUUGUUUUUUGUUUUGUCUACUUUCUCAUAGUUAAUGUUUGUGGGACUAACUGUAUUACUUGGAUUUCAUAUUGUUUUAGCUCUAUAAAAUGGCCCCAGAAAAUCUCCAAAUAUUGUCUCUAACUACAACAAAGGAGAAUUGUAUGGUUCCUUAAAUUCACACUAAUUCAACAGUUUGUUUUUUAGUGUGAAUAUUUUCAUCUCUUUUUCAUGUCUCAAUUUAUUUGAAACUCAAUAUUAAAAGCUAUCUAGUAGAACCAACUUAUUAAAUGUUACUUUAGUGUGCAGUGAAAUAUUCAGUUAAGCAAAUGUUUAAGAAAGAUACUUUGACUGUUUAGAAAUUCAUUAUGAAUCAUAAACCAAAACUCAUUUCAUAGUAUUUCAGAGACAUGGUCUCAAAUAUUCUUGGUCCAGUAUGUCAGAAUAGAAUUUGUAAUACAAAUAAAGUUUGCUUUAAUUAAAAGGGUUUUUUUUUUGCUGCAAGUCCCAUCUAUUGUCAGAAAGCAUCAGGUAGAGUUAGCAUUAGUAGUAGUUGUUUUCAUUAGAAGAAGGAGGCUUUGACUAACUUUGUUUGUAACAAGUCUAUUCUCAGUAAGAGGGUUUUGUUUUUCAAACACACAACACAGUAUGAUUCUCUGAGAUCUGAAGGGAUCGAAAGAUACAGUUCAGGGCUGGUGGUUUACCCUCAGCUGUAGAACCAGUACAGAAACCCUGUUUUUAGUGCUGUGUCUUACAUUCUUGUGUUCACUUGAUUACUAAACUAUGUCAGUCCUUUCUCCAAUGAAAACAGGGGCCAACAAGUCUUUCAGAGUCAAUGAACAAAAUAUACUGAUUUUUAAACAGGUUUUUCGUAUGAUUUCGUCUCUCUUUUUUGAGUAUGCUGAACAAAUUCUUUCUUCCUAGGUGGUAAAGUUUGUGUUCCAGGCAUAUUGAGUUUAUAUAUUUAUUAUGUGUACCCUGUUGUUAAAUGAAAAUAAGUGUGGUAUCCAUAUACUGACCAUGUACCACAUAUCCAUUGCAGUCCCUAGAGAGUAUUUAUGAUACAUAUUAUAUACUGUGUUUUAUUAUACUUAUAAGAUUGUACAACAUCUUUCAUUUUACCCAUGAGCCCCAUCUGUUUGUUUUUUGGUUUGUUUGGGUUUUUUUCUUCUUGAGUCAAGAAUAAAGUUUAAUACCUUUACUGUACCUUGCCCUCGGUUGGUAUAAUUAGGAAGUAAAUUGUUCAAAUCUCCACAAUUAAGAGUUUCAGAGUUUGUGAUACUGGUCACUUGACUUAAUAAAGACUAGAUUAUAUGAACAGAAAAA